AUGGCAAGGAUGGCAUGUCUCCUCCUUGCCUGGGCCUUGCCUGUCGCCCUUGCGGAAAGGAUCUGGGAUGAGUUCCGGGAGGACGUCAGCACGGCGCGGCAGAGCUUCCUCCUGCAGCAACGGGGAGGUCAGGCGCGCGACAGCUUUGGCAACCUCCAACGAAGCGGCCUCGCCAAGGAGAGCAAGGGCUCCGGGCGCCAACUGCCGGCCUGCGUGGGCGGGGUGCUGAACCUCUCCGGCACCUACGAGAUCUGGAAUGAGACGGUCCUCCCGGGCUGCGACGUCGUCGCACACAGUGCCGUGGUCCACAUCCGCAGUCAGGCCCACCAGCUCUACUUCCUGGGAAGCGUGGCCUUCCGCGGCCAGCUCGAGGUGCGCGGGAGGAAGGGGGAACUCAGCACUGCCUGCGUCAGCGUGGGUGGGAACCUCACCGUGCGCGGGGACCUCUCCUUCCACAGCUGCCACAAUGGCAAGACCCUGAACCCCUUGGGCGGAGGACUCACCGUCGAUGGCGACCUUCACUUGGAGGAAGGAGCUCUGCGGUUCGAGAACUGCAGCGGCGCCAACCGCGCGUGGAAAUACCCAGGGGGCGAGGGAGGCGCCUUCUACGUGCAAGGUGCAUACCGCCAAAGGGCUGGAACAUUGGAGGCAGUGGGCUGCUACACACAAGGAAGAGGAGGCACGUUCAAAGUCAAAGAGAACUUUGAGGUCUAUGGCGGCAACGUCUCUAUUCGCAACAGUUCGGCCCUUCAAGGCGGCAGCAUCGUCGCCCACCACUUCAAGGUCUUCGGCGGCGAUGUCUCCAUCCGCGACUCCUGGGCAGAUGAAGACGGAGGUGCCAUCAAAGCCGCCGUUCUCGUCGCCGGCGGCGGCGUCUCCAUCCGAAAUGCCCGUGCGAAGAACGGAGGUGCCAUUCACAGCUGGAAGCCUAGCGAGGUGUCGGGUGGUGUCCUCCGCAUCUUCAACGCUUCGGCCCGAGAGGAUGGAGGUGCCAUGAAGGCCGACAAGGGCCUGCGCCAGACGGGCGGCGUCAUUCUCCUCGAGAGGGCCACUGCAGGCAACUCCGGAGGACAACCCAAGUCCGUCUGUGGUGCGUAUCCCUUGGCUUUGCAACGGAGACGUGUUAGAGAGGACUUGGGCAGUUUCACCUCCGAGGAGUUCAGCUGCGUUGGUGAGCUGGCUCUGCACGUGGCCUCCAUGCUGGGGGCUCCCUGCUGUAGUUUCGUGGCUGCCGGGAACGCUACCAAGCUGUAUCCGGCCCUCGACCUGAAGGAGGUGGGUGAGGAGGUCGUGGCGGUGGCCGAGACCCUGGAUCCCCUCUUGGUGAUGCUGCAGAUGCAGGGAUGCGACGGGUCGCUCUUGUGGCCAAACCUGGAGGAGCUGCAGAUGGCAGCCGUGACUCUUGAGGAGCAACUGGUGCGAUGUGCAUGUGGCGUGGCCUAUGAAGGACAUACCGGUACGCCAAGAGUUCCGUGGACUGACGCCGCUGUACCAGCUCCUCCAAUGUUUCGGCGGGGGCCCGUGGAGAACGUUUGUCCUCUGAUCGACGACACUCCCGUGAUCCACCCUGGGUCUCGUGUAGUGAUCUUCAGCGAAAAGCUGCACGGCGAACAGCGCGAGCCGGCUGUUUACAUGAAGGAAGAACCGAUAACUGUCAAGGAGUUGAAGGCCAUCUGCAGAACGCGGCCGGACUUAGAUCGCUUGAGGAGCGAGCUGGGUCACGGGUGGACCGUCCUCGCGACAAUGAGCGUGGCGUCCUACUCCCGGCAUGAAGUUCAGCUGAAACUGGGCCACAUCCAGUACAACCCCCAUGUGGAGGAGGACUAG